AAGACCUUCGACCACACACCCGUCACUCUGUUGGAUCCUCUCCACUAUAUAUGUAUUACGGUUAUCUUGCUACUAUAGUCAAAGUCCAGAGUAGAUAUAAGUUUUGACCUUUUAAUACUUUAUAAUUUUAAUAGAGAUCUCUCCAAUUCAUAAUCAUAAGGUAAGCUCUUUUGUUCAUCGCAACUUUGCUGAUAAAGUUAGGAACCCACUGGAAAAGUUCCGCUACCCUGAAUUUGCCACGACUAUACAAAGCAUGAGACUAUGGGUAGUUUUGACUGUGUGUAUUUUACCAGUGUGGAUACUACAAACGACAGGUGAUCUAAUAAAGACGUACCAGCAGUGUGGGGAUGGGUGGGUGCAGCGGAAGGGUAGCAACAGCUGUUACUACUGGGAAACCGACAACUUACAGUCCUACGCAGGCGCCCUACAGGAAUGCAACCUCAUGAACGCGGAUCUACUCGUCAUCAACGACGACAAUGAACAGGAUUGGGUAAACAUAGAAUCCGAGACAAAUCAAAUAUAUAAGACGGGAGGCUGGUACAUGGGUCUGCAGAAAUCCUCCAAUGGUGGUUGGGCGUGGACCACACAAACCGGAACCACAACUAUAAAUUGGAAGAACGAACCAGACAACGCCGAUGACCAAGACUGUGGGGCCAUUAACCAAUAUGGUCGUUUCUCAGACGAUUUUUGCAACAAUCAAUAUGGAUACAUUUGUCAAUACACAGUCUCGCCAGGUCAACAGUGUCCAAAGAAUGGUGGCAAGGUGAAACAUUGGUUUACCAAUGGGAAUGUGUGCCUGUACGUCAGUAAUCCCCUCAAUGUCAACGACCGGUUCACUUGGCAAGGAGCCAAAACAAAAUGUCGCAAUACAAAUGCUGCUGCCACUUUACUGUCCGUGAAGAGUUAUAUGGAUGUGGCCUCCAUACAGUUUACAUUGUCCAGUCAAAACCCCAAUAUACAAAUUCCAUGGUGGACGGGUUUAAAUGACCGGCUGAAAGAAGGAGCGUAUGUUUGGCAAGACGAAUCGCCAUACAAUUCCUCGAUAAUAACUUGGGACAAAGCACCAAGUGCCGACGCCUCUGAAAAUCAAAAUUGUGCCAUCAUGACGGCAGGGGGAUCAGUUGAUGACGUCACAUGUGCCACUCGAGCUUUCUACGUCUGCGAGGCAAACUCAGUAACAGACUAUAUUGAUCUCGGAUGCGGAACUUGGAAGAGGGCAGAAGACAGAUGCUAUCUAUUUGGUAACGGUCAAGGAUAUACAUGGAGUGAUGCGCGGCAAAAAUGUCAAAAGGCAGGCGCGGAUCUCUUAAAAAUCGACGACAGAAACCAGCAUUCCUGGCUGAUGGUUCAAGAUAUGAAUGGAGGGCGGGGUUACUGGACAGGUCUUGGGGACGAUCACCACGAAGGAACCUGGCUGUGGCAGGAUGGUUCUCCGUACAUUAAAGAUUAUGUAAAUUGGAAUCACGAGCCCAAUGAUUACGCGUCAAACGAGGACUGUGCUCAGAUGUUUGGGGACGGCGUUCUGAAUGAUCUGGAUUGUCAGGCUCAUCUGGGAUACAUUUGUGAAUACCCAGUGUCAUCAGCAUCUCAGACGUGUAUUGGCCAAUGGGUCGGGCAUGGAAAGUCGUGUUACUAUUUCAGUAACGCUACAUCUUCUGACAAACUCCGAUGGAAAGAUGUAUACCAGCGGUGUAACGAUCUGGCGUCAGACGCCGGGGUCACAGCUAAUUAUCUAGCCAUCGACUCCAAGGACGAAAAGACAUUCGUGGAGUCCCAGGUGGCCCUGCAGAAGAAACCCGGGGGCGGUUGGUGGACCGGCCUCACUGAUCAACAAGCAGAGGGUGUGUGGAUAUUCAGCGGAGAAAAUGCCCUUCCGGAUCCAUCACUCUUGAAAUGGGCGAACGAGCCAAAUAAUGCGGGUGGUAAUGAAAAUUGUGCCGUUAUGUACGAGGGAGGAAGAUUCAAUGAUCUACCAUGUGACGCUAAGGCCUAUUUUAUUUGUGAGAAGCCUGUUGCCGGGUUCCAGUCAUCAGGUUCCAUGGUUGUGUCGAACAUUUUAGUGUGCCUUGUUUUAGGACUUCUAGCAGUGGUCGCGUAGGACAACCUACAGUACGAACAUCAGUCCAAUGCUGUACGUAUCGGGGACACCGACAAUGAAAAGGAAGAUUGUCUGCGGUGUUGUAACAUGUGCAUAGAUUUUAUCCUGCUGUCUCUCAUAUUGUCAGGAUUCACCAUAACACGUAUUGUUUUACUUCAUUUGAUUAAAUUGUUUUAAAACUACAA